CCAUUUCUCUCUUCUCGUUCCCAAAAGCACCCCAAUCUUCCUCUCUUCUCUUCUCCUAAUCAAACCCUAACCCUAACCCUAACCCUAAAGCUGGAAAUUGAACCAAAACGAUGAUCGCCAACGAAGAUCUAGGGCUUAGUCUCAGCCUCUCCUUCUUCCCUCCUCCAUUGAAGCAAUCCCAGCACCAUCACCAUCAGUGGCCGCAUGACUUCGCUGCUGUUGGAUCUAAUGGUCUUUCUCAUUUACCAACGUCUCAUCUCCUCCCUCGAUCGGAAGGGAUCGAUGUCAAUCAGGCGCCGGCGGGGGAGAGGGAAGGGGAUAGCGAGGGAGAGGGAGAUGAAUCGUCCCCGAAUAACAGCGCGGUGUCGAGCGUGAGUGGCAAGCGUGAUGCCGGCGGCGGUGGCCAGGGCAGCGACGAUGAGGACGGCGAUGGUUCUCGCAAGAAGCUCCGGCUCUCCAAGGACCAGUCCGCCAUUCUCGAAGAGAGCUUCAAAGAGCACAACACUCUCAACCCCAAGCAGAAGGCGGCGCUGGCGAAACAACUGAAGCUCCGGCCACGCCAAGUGGAAGUAUGGUUUCAAAACCGAAGAGCCAGAACAAAGCUCAAACAAACCGAAGUCGAUUGCGAACUCUUAAAGCGAUGCUGCGAGACACUGACCGAAGAGAACCGGAGACUCCACAAAGAGCUCGCCGAGCUCCGAGCUCUCAAACUCUCUCCGCACCUUUACAUGCACAUGGCCCCUCCGACAACACUCACAAUGUGCCCUUCUUGUGAACGAAUACAAUCUCCGACUGGCCCCUGCCGUACCGACGAGAACUCCGCCGUGGGCGCCAAUCCCUCUCCGGCCAACCCUCCACCUUGCUCCGGCGGCGCCACCACCUUUGUCUUAAGACUAAUUUUGCUUAUAUGGGUUGUUUUUGCAAAUACCCCCCUGGUUUUUUUGUAUUUGGGAAAAAGGGUGUUUCUUUUUCUUUUUUUUUUUUAAAUUAUUGUUUUUUUAUUAUUAUUGUGAGAUUUAUGUGUU